GAGGCACCCAAGACGUGCUUGUCCAAGGCUCCAAGUCUCAAAAGGACAUCCGGCCUCCAGGUAGGGACGGUGGAGGCUCGGCAGCCGGGGGACCAGGUAGAGGCAUGCCGGACGUGCUUGCCGUGGGAUCCAAGUCUCAGAAGGAUAUCCGGACGCCAGGUAGGGAUACCGCAGGCUCGGCUACCGGACCUAAGGGUCAGGCUCGGCGGACGUCGCCCUUGCACUAUGCUGAUGAUAUGGACGUGGCACGGGUGGGGCAGAGAGACGGAGUCCCGAGACCGAGAUCAAUGGCUGAAGAUGACUGGGGUGAUGCUGCUCGCAUGAGGGAUGACGACCUGCUGGCCCUGCUAAUGUUGCUGGCGGGUGGCGGUGGUUACAGUGGUGGUGGCUAUGGUGCUCCUGGUGGCGGCGGCGGUGGUUACAGUGCUAGUGGUUACGCUGGUAGCAGCAGUGGCAGUGCAGCAUCCCGCACAGGAGGGGGCAUGUCCAGCCGGCCGGGAGGAGGUGGUGGGGGGGGGAUGGGUGGUGGCAUGGGUGGUGGGGGGGGGAUGGGCGGUGGCAUGGGUGGUGGCAUGGGCAUGGGAGGAGCAGGAGGGGCAGGGGGUGGACCACGGAAGCCGUUGGAUUGGAAGGCGCAGAUGCAGCAGGCGAGCAAGGAUCAGCAGAAGGACCGUAUUCUGAGGAUGCUGGCGGAUGGGUCCCAGGAGAAGAGCCGCAGUGGGUAUGGGAAGAGGGGUUAACAGUGAAUGGGUCAGGUUGGGGUUGGUACACCAAGGUAAAUGCGAGCAAGGAGCAGCAGAGGGACCGGAUUCUGAGGAUGCUGGCAGACGGAUCGCAGGAGAAGAGCCGCGUGGCGGCAGUGGGUAUGGGAAGAGAGGGUAAAAAGGGGAUGGAGAGGCUGAUGCAGCAGGCGCGCACGCAGCAGCAGAAGGACCAGAUUCUGAAGAUGCUGCUGGCGGGUCGUUUGCAGGAGACGAGCCGCAGUGGGCAUGGGAAGAGGGGGUAGGGGAAGGGGGGGGUGGUUCGAUGCAGCAGGCGGGCAAGCAGCAGCAAGAGGACCGAAUCCUGAAGAUGCUGGCGGACGGAUCACAGGAGAAGAGCCGUAUUGGGUAUGGGAAGAGAGGGUAACGUGUUUGGGUUAUCGAGGGAUCGGCGCAGCAAGCACUCGUCAGAUCAGAUGCAGCAAGUGGGCAAGGAACAGCAGGCGGGCAAGGAGCAGCAGGCGGGCAAGGAGCAGCAGGCGGGCAAGGAGCAGCAGAAUGGCGGAUGGAUCCCAUGAGAAGAGCGGAAGUGGCUAUGGGAAGCGAGGGUGGACAUGCGGGUCAGGGGGGGAAUUGACGCAGCAAGCAGUGGUCCGAGGCAGCAGGCAGGCACUGUGCAGCAGAAGGACCGGAUCCUGUUGAUGCUGGCAGACGGAUCUGUGGCGAAGAGCCGCAGUGGCUAUGGGGAGAGGGGAUAAGGGGGGGGAAGAGGUUGAAGCAGCAGGCGGGCAAGCAGCAGCAGAAGGGCCAGAAAUUGAAGAUGCUGGCGGAUGGGACACAGGAGAAGAGCCGCGGUGGGUAUGGGAAGAGGGGGUAGCUCAGGGACCGGAAUUGGUUUUGGGGCACCCUUAGGAAUCAGGGUAUUCUCAUGAGUUCACCCUGAUUUGUAAGGGUGCUAGGGGCAAAUUUGGCCUCAAAACACAUUUUUACCCUUAUAAAAUCAGGGUAUACUCCAAAAAGUGGCCGCUGGUAAGGGUAAUCAGGGUGAAUUACCCUUCAAACCCUAUCCCUGGGUAGCUGUGCGGGAAGGGGGGAUGGACGCAACAACCAUGGGAUUGAUGCAGCAAGCAGUGGUCCAAUGCAGCACGCGGGCAAGGAGCAGUAACUUUCGGCAGUUGGGCCAUAGCCUGCGACAUCAAACAUGCUCUGAUGGUACCUCAAACCUCCUACCACGGUACCCCUUAGGGGUCACUCACUCCCGCCUGACGCUUUCCUGUAGGUAAGCCUUGACAGUUGUUCCUUGCAACAUGUUGGAAAUAUCUCAAAGAACUUAAGCGUUUCUGAAGUAUAACACUACACUCGAGGAAGACUACAAGGGAGCACGCGAGUCGACGGAGGUUACACGAGGGGGCGGACAAAGAAUGCG